GUGCAGGCAUGACUGUCAAUCUACCAAAGAAAUCACAAAUUUGUUGCGUGCACUCCACCAUUUAUAUCAUUUUUUGAGUCCAAAAUCGACAACUACAUGAUCUGCACCCCAUGCAUAUAUCAUUAAUAUCUCUAGGGUCUUGUUUAAGUAGUUCUGUCUAUGAUUUGAGCUCUCUUAAUCCUCAAACUAGAAUUCUGAUCUCCCAGUACAUAUAUCUCUUUCUAUUGGUUUAGUUAAUCAACCUCACAAAUGGAGUUGGGCAGUAUUCUGCAGUUCUUAGAGAACAGGUCCAUUCUUGUCACUGGUGCCACUGGCUUUUUGGCAAAGAUUUUUACUGAGAAGAUUCUUAGAGUUCAACCAAAUGUGAAGAAACUCUAUCUUCUAUUAAGAGCUGCAGAUUCAAAGUCAGCCAUGCUACGUUUCAAUACUGAGGUGAUGUCAAAGGAUUUGUUCCGUAUUCUUAAAGAAAAAUGGGGUGGAAAUCUAAAUCCCCUAAUUUCACAAAAAGUAAUUGUUGUGGCUGGUGACAUUACUUGUGACAACUUGGGCGUUAAAGAUUCCUAUCUGUUGGAGGAAAUGUCGAAAGAAAUAGAUGUUGUAGUUAAUUUAGCUGCAACAACCAAUUUUGAUGAAAGAUACGAUGUUGCUAUUGGAAUUAAUACAUUUGGAGCAAAACAUGUUUUGGAUUUUGCUAAAAAUUGUGCCAAGCUAAAGGUUCUUGUUCAUGUAUCAACUGCUUUUGUAUCUGGUGAGAUGGAGGGACUAAUAAAAGAGGACCCUUACAAGUUGGGCGAAACACUGAAUGGGACAUCUGGAUUGGACAUUGAUACAGAGAAGAAUGUGGUAGAGGAAACAUUGAAUCAUCUAUCGAUAUGCAGAGCAAGGAAGUAUGGGUGGCCAAAUACUUACGUAUUUACAAAGGCAAUGGGGGAGAUGCUUUUGGGACACUUGAAAGAUAAUAUACCUCUUGUUAUCAUUCGUCCUACAAUUGUCACUAGUACUUACAAAGAGCCUUUUCCUGGCUGGGUUGAAGGUGUCAGAACAAUUGAUAGCUUAGCUCUUGGUUAUGGUAAAGGUAAGAUAACUUGCUUCCUUGGCGAUCCCAAAACCAUAAUUGACGUGAUUCCAGCAGAUAUGGUGGUGAAUGCAAUAGUGGUAGCCAUGGUGGCUCAUGCAAAUCAACCUAAUGAGAGCAUUUACCACGUUGGAUCUUCGGUUUCAAACCCUGUGGAGUUUACUUGGCUUCAAGAUUAUGGCUUUCAAUAUUUCACCAAACACCCGUGGAUAAAUAAGGAUGGCAAGCCAGUCAUUGUUGGCAAGGUCACGGUGUUGAGCACCAUGGAUAGUUUCCGUCGAUACAUGGCAGUUCACUACUUGCUUCCAUUGAAGGGAUUACAAAUAGUAAAUGCAGCAUGUUGCCAGUACUUUCAAAGCACGUAUCUUCAAAUGUAUCGGAAGAUCAAGUUUGUAAUGAGGUUAAUAGAACUUUAUGGGCCUUAUUUGUUCUUCAAAGGAGUUUAUGAUGACAUGAAUACAGAAAAACUGAGAAGAUCAGCUAAAGAAAGCUGUGAGGAGACUGAUGUUUUCUACUUCGAUCCCAAAAGCAUUAAUUGGGAUGAUUACUUCAUGAAUACUCACAUUCCUGGCGUAGUGAAAUACGUUUUCAAAUGAUUUACUGAACAAAGCGAAAGCGUGAUUUGGAGAUUGCCAACUAGAUCAUUAUAAUUUAUUUAUGGCAGAUUAAAGUGUACAAGUGAUGCUUAAUAUUCUAUUAUUUGAAUUAUCGUAUAAUUUGUAUCUAUUGAUUGCCACGUUGAUAUCUUAAAUGAGUUGUUUGAAAAAAUAUGUUGAAGAUUGUGGAUGUACGUAGGGUGACGUGAUAUCAAUACAGAAUAUAUGAACAAGCACCUAAAGUAA